AGGGUGGGCCGGCGUGAGGGCGGGUUGUGGACUGGCGGAGCUGGGACGAACUCUAACGACGGUGGGAGAGUGGCGGCCUCGACGCCGGUAGAUCUGCGGACGAGGGAGAAGAUGAGCCUUAAGUCUGAACGCCGAGGAAUUCAUGUGGAUCAAUCAGAGCUCCUAUGCAAGAAAGGAUGUGGUUACUACGGCAACCCUGCUUGGCAUGGUUUCUGUUCCAAGUGCUGGAGGGAGGAGUACCACAAAGCCAGACAGAAGCAAAUUCAGGAGGAUUGGGAACUAGCGGAGCGACUACAACGGGAGGAGGAGGAGGCCUUUGCCAGUAGUCAGAGCAGCCAAGGGGCUCAGUCCCUCACAUUUUCCAAGUUUGAAGAAAAGAAAACCAAUGAGAAGACCCGCAAGGUCACCACAGUGAAGAAGUUCUUCAGUGCUUCAUCCAGGGCCGGAUCAAAGAAGGCAGACAUUCAGGAAGCAAAAGCUCCCAGUCCUUCCAUAAACCGGCAAACCAGCAUUGAAACGGAUAGAGUGUCUAAAGAGUUCAUAGAAUUUCUCAAGACCUUCCACAAGACAGGCCAAGAAAUCUAUAAGCAGACCAAGCUGUUUUUGGAAACAAUGCAUUACAAAAGGGAUUUGAGCAUCGAGGAACAGUCAGAGUGUACUCAGGACUUUUACCAGAGUGUGGCUGAAAGAAUGCAGACUCGUGGAAAAGUGUCUCCAGAAAGAGUUGAGAAGAUAAUGGAUCAGAUUGAAAAGUACAUCAUGACUCGUCUCUAUAAGUAUGUGUUCUGUCCAGAAACUACUGAUGAUGAGAAGAAAGAUCUCGCUAUUCAAAAGAGGAUCAGAGCCCUGCACUGGGUUACACCUCAGAUGCUUUGUGUCCCUGUUAAUGAAGAAAUUCCUGAAGUGUCUGAUAUGGUGGUGAAAGCAAUUACAGAUAUUAUCGAAAUGGAUUCGAAGCGUGUGCCUAGAGAUAAGCUGGCCUGCAUCACCAGGUGCAGCAAGCACAUCUUCAAUGCCAUCAAGAUCACCAAGAAUGAGCCGGCUUCAGCCGAUGACUUCUUACCUACUCUCAUCUACAUUGUCUUGAAGGGUAACCCCCCACGCCUUCAAUCUAAUAUUCAGUAUAUCACCCGCUUCUGCAACCCAAGCCGACUGAUGACUGGAGAGGAUGGCUACUAUUUCACCAAUCUGUGCUGUGCUGUGGCUUUCAUUGAGAAAUUAGACGCUCAGUCCUUGAAUUUAAGUCAGGAAGAUUUUGAUAGAUACAUGUCUGGCCAGACAUCUCCCAGAAAGCAAGAAUCUGAGAAUUGGUCUCCUGAUGCUUGUUUAGGUGUUAAGCAAAUGUAUAAGAACUUGGAUCUCCUAUCUCAACUGAAUGAACGACAGGAACGGAUUAUGAAUGAAGCCAAGAAACUUGAAAAAGACCUAAUAGAUUGGACGGAUGGAAUUGCAAAAAAGGUUCAAGACAUUGUUGAGAAAUGUCCCCUGGAAAUUAAGCCCCCAAAUCAGUCUUUAGCAGCUAUUGACUCUGAAAAUGUUGAAAAUGAUAAACUUCCUCCACCGUUGCAACCUCAAGUUUAUGCAGGAUGAUAAAAAUGCAUAUGGAUAUAGUAUUUAUUUGAACCUAAAUUGUAGCUAGCCCUUACUACAGUCCACUGAUUGAGAUAUAGAAUAUAACUUAAUUGUUUAUAAAUGUCAGAGGAUUUUUAAAGGUACAGUUUCUAGGGAUUGUUUUUGUUUUGUUUGUUUUCCUGGCAGGGGAAGCUUAGUAAAUAAUAAAGUACUAUUUAUUUGAGUUACUGAUACAGAUUCAUUUAAGGCUUGUGUGAAAAGUUUGUCUAAAUCUAUUUUUUUCCCAUGGUUUUCCUAUGUGCUUCCUUGUGGUAGUCAGUGUGGGUUAGGUUUGGGUAAAUAAUUGCUUCUUUAAGGGUAAAACAAAUGAAUGCUACAAAAAUGUAUGUUUAAGGGAAUUCAAGGGUACCGCUAUUCUAUAAUUUGAAAUAAUUUUAUAAUUGUAAAGAUAGAAGAUAUAUUGAUAAGUAUAUAAAAUUGUAAAUAUGUAAAAAAAAGGAAUGGUGUGUGCUGUGCAUGGCAUUUCAUGUGUUCACUUUUUAAGUUUAAAAUAGUAGAUUGAAUGUUUGCCAUUGUACUUGGUUUGCCCCACUAAAGUGAAUGUAGACACAUUUAAAUGUACUCCCCUUGAAGUGCUGACUCCAUCUUUAACAGUAUGGUAACCCUAACUUUGACAGCGUUAGAGAUUAUGACACUAUUGAGGUUCAGGAUAAUUUUAAGUCAUAUAAAGUCGCUAUUCAGUGUAGUGAAUUGAAGGCUUUGAACCAUGCUUCUCGUACUUCUUUCCUCUAUCCAUUCAGCAAAUAUGUAUGAGCUUGCCUGGGGUCAGUGGGCAGAGGGAUAAAUGGGACCCUGCUAGUGAGAGCUGAAGUGCCGGUGGCACCUUUUGCUUCCAUAGAGCACUUUUGGCUUUAUGGACAAGCCAGACACAUGUCAUAGAAACCUCUUUUAGGCUUCCUCAAGCUCAGUACCAUUGACAUUUGGGGCCUGAAGGGUUUUUGUUGUGGGGGGCUACCCUGUGAAUUGUAGGAUAUUUAGCAACAUCCCUAGCCUCCAUACACGUUAGAUGCUAGUAGCACCACCUGUGAUUUUUCACAGGUUGUGAGAGAUCAUCCUCAGACGUUGCCGAAUGUUACUCGAGGGUGAGCAGGGGUCUGAGUUAAGAACCACUGGUCUCUUUUGUAAGCUAGAGUUCUCCUGGCGGUUUAUAUGAUGUAACCAAAGAAUACUGCAUUGAAUGCACUGUAUAAUGUUAAUCGAUAUCUCUUUCAGUGAGCCUUUACAAUCACCAUCAGUGUGGAACAACUUCUAAUGCAGCCUCUCAUAACCUAAAUAUGCUAUUUAUGAUUCUCCUUCCCAUCAGUGAUUUCUACGGAUCAUCAGUGUACGUGUGAAACUGUCAUUCUCAGGGCACCAUUCUUGAACAAGGUCACAUCACACAAGCAGUAAAGAAAGUUUCCUUUGCUUUCCCAACAUGUCUUGCUAAUAGUGAACUGCAGAUUUGUAGUGCAGCAGUUUUGGAAUAAAUCUAGGGUAAGUAUAAAGCUUUUUAUCCUUAAAUGUACACAUAAAAUCCAUGAAGUUAACUCAUUUGUUGUCAUAAAGCACUGGAGACAUGAAGCAGUUCACUGAGUCAGCUGAUCACCAAGUUCAUAUGGAAUGGGAUGAGUUACUAUCACAUACCAAUGAGAAUUUGUUCUUAAAAUCUGCUCUUAGAAACAUGAGCCCAGAUGAUUUUCUUAGAGAGCUUUCCCCUUUUUUCUUUAUUCUUUUCUAUGUACUUUCUAGGUGCUAAUCCAGAUAUGCACAUUCUUAAUUCUCCUGGGAAUAUAUAGUUCUUUUAGUCAUUGUACAUUGUUUGUUAAAUAAAAUGUGCAUAUCUGCCUCCCACUAAA